ACAUUUUAAAAGUUAUGAUAAGCUGGUGGACAGAAAUAAAUAGAGACAGUCAGUUUUUAUUAAACACCAAACACACUUUGACUGUCUCGAGCACAUUAGUAAUGUAAACUGGAUGAUGAAAUACUAACGUAAUGUAAAUGUAAACUAGAUAAAACGGAACAGGUGCUUGUUCGGAACUGUAACUACAUUCGUUGUUCCUACACGGUUAGAUUUUCCUGUUGCACUGUUUGUACCGGUCGAAAACAUCCCACUAAGUGUAUAGCCCACUACAUAAGAUGUAGUGGGCGUUAUUUUAUACCCUAUAUAGUGCGCUUUUGUAUGGAGAAAGCGAUUGUGUCCACGGCCAUGGAGCUGAAGUGGGAUCAGGCUCCUGUCACAGACCUGGGCCCCUUUUCCAAAGAUGUCUUUGAGAAAUUUUCUCUGGCGCCCACCGUGAAAGAGCUCUGGGCCUUGUUACAAAGCCCUGAUGAAAAAGCUGAUGUGAAAGAAGACACUAAGGUAAAUCCAGCUGCUCACUCCUCACAAUCCAGUUGCGCCAAAAGUAUCAAACCCACGCCACAGACCAACAUCAGACACGGCCACGGAACUUCAGACCGCAAAGAAACUCCUCCUGAAUGUAAGAACGCCGUUGCUGAGGUUAAGAAACAAGAAAACUUCCCUACACCGAAAGUGCCCUACCCUCGCUUCUCCUCUCUCCUCCUCAAAGAAAGAGUGAUUCGUAUGUGCUCUCUUAAGAACAACAAGCAGGACACAGUUCCACAGAAUUUAAUAGAGAAGGUCAAGAUGGAGGUGGCAGAGUUUAUGAAGUACCUACAAGAUGUCACUAAAGUCUGUGCUGAUGAUUAUAACUUCAUGCCUGUGGGAGCUUCUCGCUAUUCAGAGGAGUAUUUUAAACAUUGCUUGGACCACAUGAGGAACUACCCACAAGUUUACAGUAUUCAGGAAAUCACCAGUUUAACAGGGGGGAAAUUUGUCUCAGACAUUUCCCUCAACUUUGAGAAACAGCUGCUUGCAAUGGGCACUGUGGAGAUGGUAGAAAAACGAGCACUGCCAGAGAACACACAGCUUGCUGUGGACUACGAGUCCGUUUCAGCUGUGAACCCUCCAGUUAAAAAGGCCACUCAUUUCCACACACCUAUCAGCAGUGACAGGAAUGCAGAGAAGCUCAGCGCUACAUAUGAGCCACACGUGUGUCUAUCGAAAGAGGCCUUCAUCCAGCUGCUGAACAACAGUGUUGGGUUUGCUGAGGCCUGGGAACUGCCAGUCUGUGUGAAAGUAAACCCUGCAAACGGAAGCGCUCAGAGUACAACGGUGUACAUCGACCCUCCUCUGCUGAAGACAGAGAUGACCUGGAGAGAGAGAAAUCACCUCUUUCACGAGGAGAAUGUAAAACUGGCAUACAAGAAGACCGGCUCAAAUCCUGUGUUUUUCCUCACGACAGAGGACUACUGCAACAGACACGAGUUUGCCACAGAAGAAAAGAGCAGUAGACAAGUUGUUUCAUUUGACAGCAAUGAUCUAGAUUUUGAAGUAGAUUUAACUGACUUGGAGUCAUUUGGAGAGGCUUAUCAACCAAAAAAGAAAGUCAAGCACAAUGAUUCGGAAAAUCAAGCGCCUACCAAAAGUGAAUCAUUGGGAUUAUCGAAACCUAAACUAGAAUUAGACCAAGGCAAAACCUUGCACACAUUAACUGAACAAGCUUCCACACCUAAAGACGUUAUAUCAGUACUUUCUACACCAGCAAAGGAAGAAGCGCAAGAAGAAGAAGCCAGGGCGGGUGUAAAGAACAGCUCAGUGGACGAGUGUGCUGAGACUACUUUGAAUUCUGUAUCUGAUGAGGACCCUUUGAGUUCGAGUGUAGAAGAGUCCGCAGAAUGUACACCAGCCAAGCGAGUAAGGCAUUCCUCUGUAAACAUUGAUUCUGAUGAGGAACGCCUCAUUAUUGAUGACCCAGACUCCCCAUUUCGCAGCAUAGUAAAUAAGAAGAACCAGGUGACACCAGCAGCUCCAGAGAACAUCACUGACCCCAACACGUCAUCUGUGAGUGAUGUACUGAAUGUACCUGAAAGUCCCAGAAGCUCUGCUAAAGGAGCUAAGAAAGCAGCCAAAAGACCCAGAGUCUCGGCAGAUUGCGACCAACUAGGGCAAAUUUUGCGAAUGCAAAAUGCCAUGCUAAAAUCCACGACUGCUAAAAGCCAAGAAACUCCAAAAGCACCAUCUGCAGACUGUUGUCCACCAGAACCGAAACCCAGCAACCACCCUGUGUCUCUGGUCAAAUCUAGUGUGUCCUCGUACCUGGACUUGGAAUCCAGAGAAGGGCUGCAGAAUGAGGCUGCUGCUCCUGCCACCUCUCAGCCCACAGCACAAAGAAAAAGACUGCUGAGAGAGGAGCUGCUGGUGAGUGCUGAGGAUGAAGAGGACUAUGAAGCUCCUGAGGAGGGCAGUGUACUGUAUAAACUAUACAGCCUGGUAGAUGUGCUGCUGAUGGUGCGCAGCACUGUGUCCAUUGCUCAUCCCAGACAUGACCAACACACUUUCAGGGCGGUCCCUGUGCAUGUGCUGCCCAAGCUGGAGUACCAGCUGUGCUACGGAGCUGAGAGUCUGACCCAUACUGAGGCGUGCCAGCUGUGGGCUGAGCAGCAGCUUCACUCCAGCAUGGAAUCUUUCAUAGGUCGGAUUAAUGCACACACAUCAAAGGUGGUGCAGCUUCAAGAGCUCAAGCCUGACUGGAUCCAGAACACGUCCUGUGAUUUCAAACCAGCUAGGUGCUUGAACACACUCCACCACAUACUGAAAAAAGUCAUGAGCUUACAAGAGGGGAGAUAUCUGUUGGGUCACAAAUCUGGUGAGGCUUUUUUGACCAUAUUCAAAGCUAGUGAUGGAAAGAAGCCCACUCGCAGUGUCUAUGACCUCCAGGCUGUCCACUGUGGACCUCCAGUAAUCCCAGAGGCCAAAGUUCCUUGGGUUCCUGUGGAUCCCUUUCAUCUUAUGCCAUUUCACAAGAAAUACUGUAGACCUCCAUGCACCUUCCCUCCACGUCCACGCAUACAGCCUAAGGCAGGAGGAUGUAAAGGAGCAAGGCCGGGUAACAGCAUGACUGCAUCUGCACAAGGGAGGCAAGGCUCAGCAGGGACAGCCAGUAAAAAGCAGAAGAAAAAGAAUAGGAAAAAAAAACAAUGGACAAAUAAAAACACACGUACAGAAUGAAGAAGGACAUGCAAACUGAAUAAAUAAGUGAUGAGGACUAACAUCUGUUGCAGGUGAAGUUGUUUUAGUUGUUUUAUUUUUUUCCCCCUGAUUCUUUACUCAUGUUAGCUUCAGUGGAGCAGUUUGAAGCUGAAUUUGAGUUGGGGUUAAAAAGUAACUCCAUGACAAUAAAACAUAAUAUCUGCAAAGUAAAGAGUAAGCUACCAGUAAAUAUUUUGUGUUCCUGCAUUUUCUCAAAUGUCAUUUAUUUUUCAGUUUGUAAUUAAAUGCUAUUUUUGGUAUGUCAUACUUAAAUCUGGGUGUAUGUGAGUGCUUUCUAUAUAUUUUGCAAAAAGCCCAAGACCUAUGUCACUUUGAUUGUGAAACUUUUUUUUAAAGUUUACUUUACUUGUAAAGUAACAAUAAAUGAUAAGUAUUCAUUAAAAAAAAUUCCUUAUUUCUUUUUGCACAGUGACGUGUACAGUGAUUUGGCCUCCACGAACAAUGGACCUCAUAUUUGAAGUUGUAUACAAACAUAUUUAUUUGUAAAUUGUUUGCAGGAGUAUCCCGUUCAUAUCUUACAAGAGCUCCUGAGUUUAUGCAAAUUUGGGUAUAAUGAGACUCACAAAUGUGAACCUCGACUAACGAAUUGUGUAACUGGUGCGGGUUACUGCAAACUUCUAUAUGGAAAACAUUGACAAGAAUGAAUAGAUUGUUUAUUUCAAUUGUACACAAGUUUAGUUCUAAUUUUGUGAAUUUCAGUUAAAUCAGCACAAAAGAAAUGGUGAGUUGGUGUGUGCUUGUGGUAGUCGACACGCUACAGUGGCUGAGCUGCAUUAUUGGAAGAAUUAGUGUUUAGGAGACACACUUUCACUGUUGACUCAUUUUGAGUUUUGUAGCAGUCACGAAAUCUAAAUCAGCUUUGUUGUGAAUGCAGUUUAGUUAUUUACAGGUGAUUGCCAUUUUUUUCAACAUACACAUGUGAGUAUGAAGAAAAUAAGAGUUAUCAAAACUUUACAAUGUCUGUGAGUUUUUAGUUCAGUUUGGCCUAAGAAAACAUUUAUACAUAACUUAAACUUACUAAAAUAUUGAUAAAUAAGGCCAAUUGAAAGUACUUUGUUCACUGUAGGAGGAAAGUUAAUGCUAAAAAAUAAUCAAAGAAAAAUACAUGAUGGUGGACUUUUAAAAAUAAAUAAAUAAAAAUGAGAUUGAUGCUUUAUCCUCAGUGUUGACGUGAUGAACUGGCUGCAGUUUUCUUGCAGACUUUUAUGUAUCUGAUGUUCUCACAUUCAAAAGCUAAUGAUUAGUUUGAAACCUGCUAUUAUAAGACUUGGUUUUGCUCUCAUAAGCUGUAAUCAAACACUAAAGGUGUAUUUUGGUGUCUAGUUUAAACACACAAAAUGUAAACAGUAAGGGUGUGUACCUCUAGUGAGAGUAGAUUAUUAAUAAACAUCUGUGCAUAGUGUUAUUAUCUCAUCUUUCUUGCUCAAUAUUUCCUUUCUUACUCAUAAUACUUAUAAGAUACGAGGUUGAGUUC